CGGCGGGAGGAGACGGAGCUGCCUUUCUCUCUCUCUCCCUCCCUCCCUCUGUGUGUGUGUGUCUCUCUCUCACCCUCCCUCCUAUCUCGCUCCAUUUCGCCACUGAUCGACACGCUCGCAUCCUCUUUCUCGCUCCAACUUCACCCAAACUACCGCAACCAUCUCCUUCGUCAUCCCUCCACAAUCUUUCUUUCUUAUCUCCUUUUUUCCCCCACUAGCCUUUUUUUCUUUCCCUACCUCUCAACCAGUGAUAUUACCCUAAGCAGAGAUGUUACCUCCUCAUUAGAGAUGCUGGAUCCUCUAACUCGACACGACUUCUCUCCAGCUGUAUGUCAAUAUUUCUGGACGCUGAUCAGCCUGACUACGAUGUAGGAGAGAGAGCAGACGAAGAUGCCUUCUACAGCUUCUGUUUUUUUGUUCUCUCUUAGUCUUGUUCGCAUUGAGAAGAAAUGAAGGCAAAGUUUGAGGGUUCCUUUUUUGGCUUCCGGUUCACCUGCCCACCUACACGCGCCCAUUAACCCCCUCACAUUUUUUUCAUCCCGUCUACUCUGAAGAUUAUUACCAAGUAGAUUAAGUUAGAGUUUUUUUCCUGGCAUCGCUGAAGGAAUUAUACUUGCGCCACCUCAGUGGAUAUGGCUUAAAUGAUGUUGGCGUCACCGUUAGAUGGAGAAAAGUCGGUCACUUGAGUGGCAUUAAGCACUGUCGACUUUGAUUGAACGCGUUCAAUCUAAAUGGGAGGAUACCCGGUGGACUGAUUCGGCAUUUGAGAAGGAGAACAUGUGGAUAAAACGAAGUGUCGCACGCAGUCCAUCUGCUUUGAGGGCAGGCAGCUGUGUGGGGCACCGGGUGUGGAUUCUGCUGGCAAUGACCCACAUGACCUUUGACUUCUCCGAAUGCAGCCCCCUCAGUCAAGGUUUGGGGCUCAAACUCAUGCCUAAGCCGGUGCCUCGCUCAAGACCUCGUCUGCAGCCCGUUUGGGACACGCCGAACAAGAUCCACUGGAGAACAGUGAGUCCUCUGGCGCGCAGGCUUUUGAGCCCUAUCCCUCCGCCACAAGACAGUAAAUUAGGGAUCGGGCCAAAAGUUACGGUGCAAAAGCCUCGAAAGCCCGUGCACAAACGACCGACACCGUGUAAGGAAUGCCAGUUGGUGUACUCUGAAAAGGAGAUGGGUGAUCCGGUAAUAGUGGAAUCUUCAGCAGCUUUUUCCAGAAGGAACAGAGGAGGCGAAGCAAGGUUGCUACUUAGAGCCAGAAGACAGCUCAAAUGGGAGAGCUUUGACAAGUCUCAGGAGGGCCGGACUACUACAGUGGCCGGGUUUAUUGACUGGGGACCCACAGGGACAGAUAGUGUAGAUGAGGAUGGUAAACAAGAGCCCAAAGUUAACCUUCCCACUCGGGCCUCAACUACCACAGUGGUUGCAACCACUAGCACUAGUACAAGGCUCUCCCAAAGGACAUUUAUUAUGGUGACUACACCGGACCCCAAGAGGCUAAGCACCACCAAGGCCACAAACAGCUUUGGGGAGACUGUCAAGCCACCAAAGCCAUAUGGGGAUACAUCAGGUUUGGCAGUUCACCAGAUAAUCACUAUCACUGUGUCUCUCAUUAUGGUUAUCGCAGCCUUGAUCACAACACUCGUCCUUAAAAACUGCUGUGCACAGUCAGGAAAUGGCCGCCACAAUAGCCAUCAGCGCAAGAUCCACCAGCAGGAAGAAAGCUGCCAAAACUUGACAGAUUUCACCCCAGCCAGGGUUCCCAGCAAGGUGGAUAUUUUCACUGCCUACAAUGACAGCCUGCAGUGCUCUCGUGAGUGUGUUCGGACGGCGGUGCCCAUCUACACUGAUGAGAUGAUCCAGCAGACGCCCGUCUACAAGUCUGCUUACAAUGGAAACAGGCCUUCACCCUCCGAAAGACAACUGAUUCCUGUCGCCUUUGUGUCAGAGAAAUGGUUUGAGAUCUCUUGUUGACAAGCUGAAGGCCUUGUUCACAUCCCUUUGGAGAAAGAGGCUUCCCGAAUUCAUGCUUUGGAUCUAAAUGGACAGAGCGGCUUCUUUUGUAAUGUAGUGUGAUCUCUCUUUGGACACUGGUGAAGAUAUUUAUUUUUCUAGAGAUGACAUCCAGAGCAGUCACAGUUCAUACCCGGCCCAUAUUUCAUCAUCAAGACGUAGACUAUAUACCGUAUUUGGUACAUUCACAGGAUAUGUGGACGAGACUGUGAAAAUGACUGAUACAUCUAAUCAAUGAUAAAUGUAUGACAUUUGACCAAGGUACCCAAAGAGGCUUCUGCGGGUGGAAGAUGAACUCAAUUUCUGAACAAUGUGCCAAUAAUGCCACUAUGUGCCACAACCUGGAUAGAAAGAAGUUGUCAUGACAACCGAUGGACUAAACAAAGAGAGUAUCAACAUUGGGUUUGUUUGUUUUGUUUUUUCUUGUUUUUUUCAAGAAAUGUCAAAAUGCUAUAAAUGUAUUUGGAUAUGUAGUUUUACGAAAUAUUUUGAAAAUGGGUCAUGAAGAUAUUUAUUUAAAACUAAUAAACUGGAAAGAUGGAAGACAAAAUAUAAUACAAAGUCCCAUUUUAAAAAUAAAACUGCUAUUUUUUAUACAGAAAAGUCUGCCGCACCCCCUGACAACGAUUCAAAGCCCCUUGGAUUUUCCACUCUUACUCACACAUACUUCUGUUUGAGAUUUAAUUCCCUGAUUUGAAUGACCGGGAAAAUUGAAUAUUUCUUUUAAGUACAUUUGCUUGCUGCAACAUAUCUCACAGCUGCCCAUGUAUGAAUGGAUUCAGUAGGGACACCUUUAUAACAAACUGCGUACAGCUGGACAGGACAUUUGUCUGCCUCAGGUCUAAUUUAUUAUUACCCUCAAAGCAGUUUUGAGAUCAGUAUUAUAUUUGUUCAUGAUUGAGUGAUCAAUCAACAAGCCUCACAAGCGAAUAAGUCUUAAUAUGGAUGUGACUAUUUCUAUGAAUGGGAAAACAAAUACAAGAUGAAACCCUCUUGAGUGACAUUUUACCAAGUUUAUUCCAUUUAUGAGACAAUAGUUUCACCACCUAUGAAGCUGGUUAAUAUUUAUAAAAUCAGAAAAAACAAAACCAGUCUAAUGAAACACAACAUAAUAAAAUAUUACUAAUACAAACAAAAUAAUCACUCUUACGUGUAGACUAAUUAAUACAAAAAAGGGGUAACUCAGGAUCCAGGUCUGCAUAGAACCAAAAUUUAGACUGACCCAACAAGUCAGUGACUGGGGAUCAUGCGAUAAAUGUUUUCUACCCAAGUUAAUAGAUGGGAACAACAGGAGGGCGGGCUUUCAUACUUCUCCUUUUCUGGUCCUAAACAGUUGAGUGCUUUGUAUAUUCACGCCCCCCCCGGCUUGGUGUCUUUUCACAUGGUUUAAAAAACAAAACAAAAAAAAACUCUGAGCACGUCAGAAUGAGUCACCCAAAUCAAAAAAAGUUAAUUCUGAUUUUUUUGUAUGUGCGUUUUCACUUAAAUGCGCCAUUGCAAAUAAAUUAACUUUCACACGGCCACUUUAUACAUGAAAAACUGAAAGCUCGUUUGCCAAAGCCCUUAUCCCUCUCAGAUGCCGACAAUUGCGAGUGUUUUCAAAGGCAGCAAAUAUUGUAUUCCUGUCACGAUUCGUUUAAUGUCAUAAAUAAUCACCAAACAGAAGCUAGAGCCGUUCACUCCAAAAAUUUCCUUGCGACAAGCAAAAACGCUAAAACUGUUGGCAAACAUUUUGUUUGGUGAACCUUUGCGACCUUGAAUGAAGCCUGACAAACUCUGACGUUAAUGCGUAUUUCUCGACCUUUGCCAACAGAAAUGUUCGUCCACUCAGUGGGAUAAGGGUGCAAGUCUUCCUUUUCAGCUAUGAUUUAUUUUUCAUUAUCUCACUGUAAUAUAUAUUUAUUUUUGUCAGCUGCAGCAGAUUUUAUUUUUCAACACAACACCGUGCCAAGUUUGCUUGGAAGCCACCAGUUGAUUUGGUCUCCACCUGGGUUUUUGACAAAAUACACCUCACCAAGGGGGUAUACAAACACACGAUGGAUCAAAACGGACCAAAAGGUGCUAGUGUGAAAGCACCCUAGGGCUCUCAUGAGAUCCUCUAAGCUCCAAUAAGUUCCCAAUGAAACACAAUUUUUGAAAGAAUGGAUUAUGUUUGUGCUUUUAGGAAGCCACCGAUGGGUCAACUUUUUGUAUGUACUGUCGGUUUGUACAAAGCACAAAUACAUUUCUGCAAUUAUAAAUGUUUUUGGCUGUAGAUAGCACUUGACAGAUGUGGACUUAACUGCAUUGGUCACCGGAAGUCACCAAGGUGAUUAUGGUUUUAUAGUCAUUUCCUUCCGAUACAUCGCAACAGGUUUCCCCCCAUGAGAUCAUCAUCAUAAAUGAAAGCUAUUAAGGAGGGACCCAGAUGGCCUGGGAAAAAACACUGUGGCGCAAAACUGCUUUUUGCCCAUUUCCGACAUGAAAACCGAACUCUCAUGAAUGACAUAGACCAGUUCAGCCUCACUCGUGUGUCAGGCUGCUGAGUUGCUUCUUUGACAUAACAUAUAUAUUUUUGAAUGAAGAGUGUUAUCUUAAUGGAUAGAAGGUUAUGAUGAAAAAAAAUGUAUAUUAUACACGUGUAAAUGUAUUUUAUAUAUAUUUGCUUCUAUUUGUGUACAGGUGUGUAACGUUUUGGGUUUUUUGAGGUUUUUUUGCCCGUUUUCGGGACAAUUUAAGCUAGGUCUGAGAUAGUGUCUUUGUUUACAUGUGUAAUUACGGUAUUUCUUUCAAAACACAAAACUAACCUUGUGCCAAGCUUCUUACCCGCACUUUCAAGCAGUACAUGUAUGAUAUCUUUAGACAACCAGUGUAAUACUUCUGUAGACGCUGCAAUUAGAUCAGAAACUGGAACUUAAUUUCCGGGGAAAACAGUGACGAUGAGACAUCUUUGGUUCUUCUGUAUUCAUGUUCGGCUGGGAAACCAAUGACUUAUUGUCAUUUACGUGGUAAUUAUGAUAUACCGUGUUUCAUCACAUGAAAAAUAAAUGGUACAAACCUUACAGUAGCUGCCAGGAAGCCAACCAAUUGCUUUUGUACAAGAUAGUGUUACAUUCAUUUGUCACACUUUUAUGUUGUAACAUAUUUUGCCAAAUAAGAUAUGAUUUACCACAAUAUUUACAGCAAUUAUGGCAAUAGGUUUGAUGUGUAAAUGAAACGAAUUGAAGCCGACUCCAAAGGCCAAGAUUUGAGAUGUGCCUGAUGCGAUUUGGAAAAUUGUAUCAAAGGAUAAACUUGUGUUAUUUCAACUUGGGCCUUAUCUUAAACUCCGUGUGUGUCUCUUGAGUUGCAAGUCACAGAGAUAAGAUGGUCGGUCUUGUGGGUCUUAAAUAAUUCAUAAAAUAACUGAAAUAUUUAAAUAUUGGAUGGCCUGUCAAAAAGCUUCUGCAGAAAGAGUCUCAGUCUUUUGAUGAAACUCACCACAUCAACUUUUGAUCCCCUGAUUAAACUAUCAGUGCCACCAAGAACUUUUGUUUUGUCACAGAAUGCAUGUUUUUCCCCUCAUAAUGUAGUGAAAAUGCAAUAUCAAGUCAACAUUUACAUGACCAUCACGUCUGUGAGCAUGUUAAAUCUUUUUUAUCUUUUUUUUUUCAAAAUAGCAAAUCAGCUAUUUGUCAAAGGGGCUAUCUCCACUACAUGUUGCAUGACUGGUUUGUUCCUAAUUUGUUUUCCUGCCUUGCAUGUGGGCAUCUUGUCAUUCAGUGAGCAAGUAAAAUUGGAGCAUGUUGACACCAUAUGUGUAUUAGGAAUCUUUUUUUUUUACCCAUAGGCAUAUCAGCAAAACUUUGAGUUUUACUCAAGUCAAAUUGUAACUGUCACACAGUAACACCUUCAAAUUAAAAUCUUUAACGAAUUGGAAAAUAUCUAUGAUGGCUGCAUGAAGUCCCUAUUGCAAAGCUUAUGAUUUUGCCCUCCUGCCAAUGAAAACAAAACUGAUGAAAUGAUAAUUAUGUUCCUUGUGGAGAUACAAAUUGCUUGUUUACAAUUCCAUGCAGUGAGUGGUGGCUACUUGUACUAAGAUGACUGUUGAUGUUAUGCUGGGAAACAAUGAAUCACAAACAUAAAACCCAAGUUGCACUAAUCCCAAAUCAUCACACACAAAACAUGUGAAAAUAUGUACUCAGAGCCACAUAGACUAAUGUUCACCAUGUUUAGGCUCCCAGAAAGACUGUGAACAUAUUUGAAUUGUUUCUGACUUACUUUCACUGUAUCUGGCAACUGCGAACCCAUUUAGUGGUGAAAAUUGAUACCACUUUAAUCAUGCCAGAAAGUUUGAAACUUGAGCAAGUUUACUCUGAAAUAGUUUUCAUUACGACUAGAAUUUCUGGAACUCAAUCUGGCAUUCCAGAAUUACAUUUAGUUGGGUAAAAAAAAAUCAUAACUGAUAUAUAAGAAAAAUGACUCGUGCUUUGUUGCCUUUUUCUUUGUAUCUUGUAGUUGUUGCCUAUUAGAGUGGUGUAUUCUAGUAAUGAUCUCAAAAAAGAAAAAAACAGGCAAGUAGCUGAAAAGUCUUAACGAGACACCAAAGACUAGACACGCCUUUGUGACAACAACCGGAUAUUUUCAGACUAUUGUUUCCAUUUCCUUAUCUCCCCAUUCAGUUGAGCUCCUCUCAGCACAAUCAAUCCAACAGCAAGAAAUCCGGUCAAGAUGGGGACACUGCAUUGCCAUAUCGCACUCGUGUUAAUUAAUGUUGGCAAUUAUCUAUACCCUAAACAAAACUACACUUUGGUAGGUGCUGGCAUUUUUCAUCAGCAGAACUCAAAAGAUCUAAGACAUUCAACGUAUAUAAAAGAACGAUUUCCUCUUGAAACAAUUUUACGAUGACAAAUAGACAAAGUACUUCCACAGAUUGAGACCGAUUUGUGAACACUAUUGAGAGAAAGAGGAUUAUGAGUACGAGGCAGAUGGUGGGGCAAAUUCAGUGUAUGAAUUUUCUUUAAUUAUCACCACUGUGUUCUCGCUUGCGGUGAGAUGGAAUUGAUUUUACAAUCAACACCAAAGGAAUUACUUGGCGAAGAAAUGGUUCAUUUGACAACUAAAAUGUUUGAGUCAGGGAAAUAAGGAGAUAUGUUUAUCUUGGUUUGCUAAAAUGUGAAAAAAGAGCUUUUUGUGUCCAUUUUAGUUAAUUUUGCCCUGUUUUCUCCUCCCAAAAUCUAAGGUCAGCAGUUAUCCAUCCUAUCAAUAAUUUUUCAUCUCAAAAUGUUUGCCAUCCGAGUCAACCCCGUUGGCUGUCCUGCGUGUAAGCCAUCAAGGGUUGAAUUUGACUUGUGAAUUUGCCAGCUUCCAUGCAACCAAAGUCGAGUAACACCUCACAAACUCGCUGCUCGUGGCUCUUUGUGUUGGAAGCAAUUGUCACCAUCAUAGUCACUGGCUUUGCCGUGUAUCUAAUUAUCUAAAUGUGCAAACUUGCAGCCCCUGUGUAAACACAAGAUCCAGCUUUGACAAAUUCAGUCCCACAAUUAUAGGUAAACAAAUGUGGGCUCUGCAGUCAUGCCUCUGAUGCGGCAAUUUGUAGUAUCAAACAGGCUCUUGAAGGAGACUGAUGCAAACAUGACUUUUUCACCCUUGCCCAAAAAAACAGGUGGCGCUGCCAAUAGGUAUCUUACUUUUUAAUACAACCACAUUUUUAGGCAGUACGUGACACAAUGCCCUGAUUUAAUUAGCAGUUCCACCACAGGCCGGACCUCACUAUUGGAUUAAACUAAAGAGGGGAAAAGAUGGAAAAACGCUAUAGUAUCUUCUCAUUACGUAGCAUCCCAAAGUAGCACACAAAACUAGAGCGCUGCUUCAAAAAAAACUGGCUUUUUGAACAAACCAACCCUGGGGUGUUUUUCUGGAUAGAUUGUUUCAUGGUAUAAUCCAUAUAUUAGACAAGAUACUGGGGUGUUUUUCUGGAUAGAUUGUUUCAUGAUAUAAUCCAUAUAUGAGACAAAAUACACAACAGAAUUGUCUAACAGCCUUGCAGGAAGUGGAGAGUUGAAUUGAUACUACUUAAUGCCAGGUCUACUUCCGCAGAGCCUUUCAGACAAAUUCUGCCUCAAAAUACACAACAUGAUUAAAAGGAACCAAGAAUAGAAGGACACACAUAGAAUCUGUCAAUCCAGCCAUCAAGAUAGCAACCAACCCAAUUAACAGCUCAGUUCCAAACUACAGAUAUAGAAUCAGGAAUGCAUUGACGAAUGUUCCGAUCCACAGGCUGAUCCUGAAAUCAGAUUGGAAGAGGGCUGUAAAAUAAUUAUUUAAUAUAUUAAAUAUUUAACUAUGUGUAAUUAUUAAAUAUACUUUCAAGAGUGAAGUUGAAUAGGCACAUUUUCUUUGGUUGAGAGGGACACACUGUUCUAAAGUACAAUCACGAUUCAUAGCUAUCAUGAGAAACUUGACUCAAGUUGUGUUGUUGCCAUAAAAAUGAGAGGUUUGUACUUUGUAUCGAAACGUUUUUAUAUUUGUGUUUAAUAUAUACAUGAGUACCUCUGUGAACUUUUGUACAAGACCUAUGACUUUAUGACCUGUAUUUACAAACACGUGCAAACAACACAACUCACAAAGAAGUCUGUCUCCGCGACGGCUAAUUGUUGUACAACUUUAAUUUGUUUGUUUUGUCUUGAGAAACCGCACCUCUUCUUUUUGUAGGUAUCGGUACACAUUACAAUUUCCAAGUGACUUUGAUUUGGUUACUCUUGUACUACUAAGCUCUGUAUUUGCAAGCACUGUAAAUGCGAUUCUCAUUGGAUUCUUCCUCUGUACAUUUAGUACUCUGAUGUUGCUCCUAAUAAAAUGUAAAACAACAUGAGCUUGUUCUAUAAUAAAUUUGUUGACAUGAAUCCCAGUGAGAAGUGUUCAGGACAAACUGCACAAAAUAAAAUACUUAAAUAUC